AUUAGAAUCUGCGAGGCAACAUGGCGGCCACCGGCAGAGCGGAUGACUUGCGAUAUGUAGAAUAUUCCAAUCAAACAAAUGUCCGGAGCGACGCAGAGAUCGACAGGCGGCUGGGCAGGACUCUGAUUGCAGUUGGUCUUGGAGUGGCUGCUGCAGGUUUUGCAGGUCGUUAUGCCUUCCACCUCUGGAAGCCCCUCGGACAGGUUUUCUCUGAAACGGUCAAAAAGAUGCCCUCAUCAGCGUUCUCCUCGUAUUACAAAGGAGGCUUUGAGCAGAAGAUGUCCAGGCGAGAGGCGAGCCUGAUCCUCGGCAUCAGCCCAGCUGCCACAAAGGCUAAAGUACGCGAGGCGCAUCGGAGGAUCAUGGUCCUGAAUCAUCCCGAUAAAGGUGGCUCGCCGUACGUCGCUGCCAAGAUCAACGAGGCCAAAGACCUUUUGGACAAGGAGACCCGCCGGUGACCUGUGGUGUCUCCCUGUAACUCAAGGACUUUACUGCUCCAUCGGCACCGCGUCGCGACCACGAGAAGAUUCUGAGACGUUUGCUCCUUUAGCUGGUACCAGCACGAGUUCAGCCAUCAGGAGAAAUGACAUCGCUCGUUUAUUUGUAGAAGUCGUGUUGAAGUGAAGACGAUCAUCAAACUCCAGCGUCGGCUGCUCAGAAUACUUCAGUUUCAUGUAUCUUGGUAUGAGUGUUUAUAUUAAAUGUACAAGUUGGUAA